UUGCUAGCAACACGGCUUGUUGGUUGAUAAGCAACUAUAUUGCUCAUAAUUUGACAAGUUUCGUUCAUCAAGCAGUUUGUUUACAAAAUGUCAGACGAUCCAGCAUUUAACAUCAAGUUUGUAGAAGUUGUUGAGAAAUACGAAUGUAUUUAUGAUUAUCGAAGACAGGAUCAUAGCAAAAGAGAUGUUGUGGAGAAAGCAUGGGGUGCAAUUGGAAGUGAAUUAAAACUAUCUGUUUCUCAAUGCAAAGAAAAAUGGAAAAAUCUUCGGACGGCAUUUUCGAGAAGUAUGAAAAAACCACCAUCAGGAAGCGGAGCCAAAAGAACUAAAGAUUAUUAUUUGAAGGACGUGAUGCAGUUCCUCACGCCUUUUAUGAAAUCAAAAGCGCAACAAAGUAAUCUACCUAACGAAGCAGACCAAAUACCGCAAGAAAACAGUGACUUUGAAUUUUAUGUAUCUGAAAUUAUCGCAUCUGCUACAAACUCUCAGGAUGUGACAUGUGAUAAACCUCCAGAGGAGAAAAAUAAAUCCACUCACGCCCAAUGCUCGGAUAAUGUAAGCAUUCGAGGAAUGAAACGACGAAAAAUUCCACCAAAAACCCUUAAUGAAGUUGACAAGUGUUUCAUAGAAUAUAUGAAAUCAAAAAAAGGGUCUGCAGUAGAAAAGAGUAAUCCAGAUAUGGAAUUUUUAAAAAGUUUACUCCCUGAUAUCGCAAAGUUAAACGAUUAUCAAAAGAGGCAGUUUAAAAAGAGAACUCUCGAAACACUAGAUGAACUAUUGUGCGAUAAUCCAUUACAAAGCAAUUCAUUCGUAGUAAUACCAAGCCCUGUUGAUUCCAACUACUCAGUUCAAUCAAAUGCUUCCAAUUACACAACUUAUUCGCAUUUGUAUUCAACAACAGAAUAUGGUGGAGGACAGGUUUCAUCUGCAGCAACAUAUAUUCCGAAUUUUUCACCCAAAAUGUCAUCAGUUAAUGACGAUAGGAAUUCAUAAUAUCAAUUAUGUUAUGUUUUUUAAUUAUAUCAUUAAUAUAAGUA